GCUGCAUUCCCCAUAAAUAGGGUACGGAAAAGGUUCAAAAGAGGGAAAGCGCGAAAGAAAAGUGGGAAAGGCUUUCAAUCACAAUCCUUGAUACGUAUGUAUGGAUUUCUCAAGUUGCCCUAUCUGUAAUCUCUCCGUUCUCACCCUUGAACUCCAAAGGCACGCAAACAGCCAUUUUGACGAUGAAGAUAUUGCUAAAGACUUCGAAUUGGCUCAAGAAAUUGCCCUUGCCCCUUCAAGUCCAACUUAUUUCCCCGUUGAUGAUGCCAUGGAAUGUGAAACUAGUUCUCGACAGAAUCAGGAGAGAAGUUCUUUGAGGUAUGAGGCCAAAAAUCGCAAUCCUGGAGAGAAAGAUAUAACUGAAACAAUAAGGAUUUUGGCUAGUGUGCAGAUCAAGGAAACCUGCCCUCAGAUUGGACAAGGCUUGAUGGAUUUGUUGAGGAACUGUUUAGAGUUGGAGACUGAAAAGACCACCACCAUUUUGUGUGGUUAUGUUGAUCAUUUCCAAAGCAGCCCUUCAGAGGAUUUUGGGUGGGGUUGUGGGUGGCGUAAUAUCCAGAUGCUUAGUUCUCACUUGCUUAAGCAACAACAAGAAGCAAGGGAGGUCUUGUACGGAGGUUCAGGAUUUGUGCCUGACAUCCCUUCACUCCAAAGAUGGCUUGAAAUUGCUUGGAAAAGAGGCUUUGAUAAACAGGGUUCAGAAGACUUUGAUCAAGCAAUUUAUGGCAAAAGAAAAUGGAUUGGAACAACAGAAUGUGCUACGCUCUUCCGUUCAUUUGGUCUUCGUGCCAGGAUAGUGGACUUUGUUAGCCGGGAGAUAGUCAUUAGGUCAAGUGGAGUUGGCAAGUGUGUGGGCAAGAUGACACCGCAGGUUUAUGGACCAAUGGAUAGAUAUCUCUCCAAAGAGAAAAAUGAUGUAUCCAAGGCUGUUUCGAUUUCGGAUGAUGUAAAGGCUAAGCCUAAGGUCCAGCAGGCACUCAUUGAUUGGGUGUGGAAUUACUUCUCUGACAAUAGAUCCAGGAAAUCCGGCAAUCAUGGGAUCUUAGUCAGUCAGAAAGCGCCGUUGUACUUCCAGCAUGAUGGCCACUCAAGAACCAUUGUUGGGAUUCAAAUUAAAUGUCAGGGAAAUGGGUCGAUGCAGUACAAUCUAUUGAUCUUUGAUCCAGGUCAUCCAACAGAAUCCCUGGCAAGAUCUCUUAAAGGAAACUCAGGUUGGCAAAAGCUAAUAAAAAGAGGUGUCCACACUCUAAAGAAGCCACUAUAUCAGUUGUGUUUUAUUGAUCCUGGAAUUGCCUCUCCGGAGGAGAUUGAAAACCUAAAGAAUCUACACAGCGUCCGUGUUGAAGUUUAGUCCUAAAAUCUAAAGGAUGUACAAUUUCCAACCUGGAUUUCAGACAGAUAACUUAGAGUGGUGCUCUUAGCAUUGCAUGUAUCAAUUCAGCGUACUCGUCAUUUGGAGAUGAAAUAUAAAAUCUGUUUUACCAUAUGGUUUCUGAAAAUAUUAGCUACUGUGACACUAAGCUCUUGUAGCUAUUAAAUGAGAAAAAGGUUUUGGAGGUA